UGCAAUCAUAAAUGCCCCCGGACCCAAUAUCGUGUUGACAAGUCAUUAUGUGUAUGGCUCUCCCUCCGCACACCUCAGUUUGCCUCUGCUGGAUGUCACAGCAUCGCCUUAACUGGGAGACCAGGGAGAGCUCUGCAGUCAGUCCCCGCAUAAAGUGCAACGCGAUCCGCUCACGACCAGCCACCCCGGGCUGCUGCGAGCAGGGUGACUGAAUUGUUCACAUAAUAACUCAACUCAUGUGGAUUUCCCCAUUUACUUGGUGCCCAUGCGCUGACUUCCUCAGGCUCCCACAUAGCUGCCAAUGAGUCUUCAGCUGCUUUGGUGUAGCUCUGCGCCCAGAUAGUCCCACCCCCUCUGUGCGGGCGAUACGGGACUACGUAGACCAGGAUGCCUUCCUCUGUGAGGGCGGGGAGCCUGAAGGACCCGGACGUGGCCGAGCUGUUCUUCAAGGAAGAUCCAGAGAACCUUUUCUCUGACCUCCGAGAGAUUGGUCAUGGCAGCUUUGGGGCUGUCUACUUCGCACGGGACGUGCGAACGAAUGAGGUGGUGGCAAUUAAGAAGAUGUCCUACAGCGGCAAACAGUCUAACGAGAAAUGGCAGGACAUCAUAAAGGAGGUGAAGUUUCUCCAGAGGAUCCGACACCCUAACAGCAUAGAAUACAAAGGAUGCUACCUUCGUGAGCACACAGCAUGGCUGGUGAUGGAGUAUUGCCUUGGCUCAGCCUCCGACCUGCUUGAAGUCCAUAAAAAACCUUUACAAGAAGUCGAGAUUGCUGCCAUUACCCAUGGUGCUCUGCAGGGGCUGGCGUACCUUCACUCCCACAACAUGAUCCACAGGGAUGUGAAAGCGGGUAACAUCCUGCUGACUGAGCCUGGCCAAGUCAAGCUGGCAGACUUUGGCUCCGCCUCCAUCGCCUCACCUGCCAACUCCUUUGUGGGAACGCCAUACUGGAUGGCCCCGGAGGUGAUUCUAGCUAUGGACGAGGGCCAGUAUGACGGGAAAGUGGACGUCUGGUCCUUAGGCAUUACCUGUAUAGAGUUAGCGGAGAAGAAGCCUCCAUUGUUUAAUAUGAAUGCAAUGAGUGCCUUAUACCACAUAGCGCAGAAUGAGAGCCCCACACUGCAGUCCAGUGAAUGGACGGAUUACUUUAGAAACUUCAUCGAUUCUUGCCUUCAGAAAAAUCCUCAAGACAGGCCACAUUCUGACGACAUGUUGGGUCACGCGUUUCUCCAGCGUGAGCGUCCGGACUCCGUGUUGAUGGAUCUCAUUCAGAGAACCAAGGAUGCAGUUCGGGAGCUGGACAACCUUCAGUACCGCAAGGUGAAGAAGAUCCUCCUCCAGGAGGCUCACAAUGGGCCCACCACCGAAACCCAGGAUGGAGAUGAGGACCUGGAGCUCGGCGGAGGUCGCACAGGGACGGUGAACAGCGUCGGCAGCAACCAGUCCAUCCCCAGCAUGUCCAUCAGCGCCAGCUCCCAGAGCAGCUCUGUCAACAGCCUGAACGAAGCGGCGCAGGACAGCCGCAGCGAGCUGGACCUGAUGGACGGAGACCACACGGUCAUGUCCAACAGCUCCGUGAUACACGUCAAACCGGAGGAAGAGGAGAGUCUCUCUGGGGAGCAGGCGGCCAGCAGUCAGCCCACCGAGCCACAGCCGGCGCCGGCUCAGGCCCCGAGGAAGCACUACCGCAACAGAGAGCACUUCGCCACCAUACGCACGGCGUCACUUGUGACGCGCGAGAUGCAGGAACACGAGCAGGACUCRGAGCUACGGGAGCAGAUGUCGGGUUACAAACGCAUGAGGCGGCAGCAUCAGAAGCACCUGAUGGCCCUGGAGAACAAGCUGAAAGGAGAGAUGGAUGAGCACCGGCUGAGGCUGGACAAGGAGCUGGAGAGCCUGAGGAACAACUUCACUCAGGAGAUGGAGAAGCUGCUGAAGAAACACCAGGCCGCACUGGAGAAGGAUCUGAAGACAUUUGCCAACGAUGAGAAGAAGUUCCAGCAGCACAUCCAGGUUCAGCAGAAGAAGGAGCUGAGCAGCUUUUUGGAGUCACAGAAGCGAGAAUAUAAACUACGCAAGGAGCAGCUAAAAGAGGAACUUAGCGAGAACCAGUCGACUCCCAAAAAGGAGAAGCAGGAGUGGCUGUCCAAGCAGAAAGAAAACAUUCAGCACUUUCAGGCGGAAGAAGAGGCCAACCUGCUGAGGAGGCAGAGGCAGUACCUGGAGCUGGAGUGUCGGCGGUUCAAACGGAGGAUCCUCAUUGCCAGACACAACGUGGAGCAGGAUUUGGCAAGAGAGGAGCUGAACAAGCGGCAAACGCAGAAGGACCUGGAACACGCGAUGCUGCUGAGGCACCAUGAGUCCAUGCAGGAGCUGGAGUUCAGGCACCUGGCGACCAUCCAGAGGGCGCGCGCCGACCUGAUCCGGACCCAGCACCAGACGGAGCUCACCAACCAGCUGGAGUACAACAAGAGGAGGGAGAGGGAGCUGAGGCGCAAGCAUGUGAUGGAGGUCCGGCUGCAGCCCAAGAGCCUCAAGUCCAAGGAGAUUCAGAUCAAGAAGCAGUUCCAGGAGACGUGUAAGACGCAGACCCGGCAGUACAAGGCCCUCAGGAACCACCUCCUGGAGACCACGCCCAAAUCUGAGCACAAGGCCGUCCUGAAGAGGCUGAAGGAGGAGCAGACCAGGAAGCUGGCCAUCCUGGCCGAGCAGUACGACCACUCCAUCAACGAGAUGCUGUCCACCCAGGCGCUGCGGCUGGACGAGGCCCAGGAGGGCGAGUGUCAGGUUCUGAGGAUGCAGCUGCAGCAGGAGCUGGAGCUUCUCAACGCCUACCAGAGCAAGAUCAAGAUGCAGACGGACGCGCAGCACGACAAGGAGAGGCGGGACCUGGAGCAGCGGGUGUCGCUGCGGAGGGCGCUGCUGGAGCAGAAAAUUGAAGAGGAAAUGCUUUCCCUCCAGAACGAGCGCUUGGAGCGAAUCCGCUCGCUGCUGGAGCGCCAGGCCCGGGAGAUCGAGGCCUUCGACUCGGAGUCGCUGCGGCUGGGCUUCAGCAACAUGGUGCUCACCAACCUGGCCCCAGACUCCCAAGGAGGCUGGGGGGGCGGAGGCGGUGGAGGAGGCCAGGGAGGUCAGGGGGGAAGCCAGUGGCCCGGAGGCGGUGGAGGAGGCAGCCAUCACAGUCACCACCAGGGGGGCUCCAGUUCGCAGCAGCCCUGGGGCCACCCCAUGCUUGCAGGUGGCCCGCCGCCCUGGAGCCUCCACCAUCCCGGAGGAGGGAGUCAGAGAAGUAGUCAGGGAGGCGCAGGAGGGGUGAGGAACAGCCCACAGGCUAUGAGGAGGACGUCAUCGGGGGGGAGGAGUGAACAGGGCAUGAGCAGGAGCGCCAGCAUCACCUCUCAGAUCUCCAACGGUUCCCACCUGUCAUACACCUAAAAACACAAGAACCACAGUCACUGUAACUAAAACACACACAAAAACACACAUUCACAAAGUGCACAGCACAGAUAGGUCAUAUCCCACAAUGCACCUCACCAUGCAGACUGGUGAGACUGGCCGGUCCUUGGAAACCCAUCAGAGCUGAAACCAAGCUGCAGCCCCUGAAUGCCAUUCCCAGCAUGCCGCUGCAGCCAAUCAGCUCCAUUCGGCCGCUGCAGCCAAUCAGCUCCAUUCGGCCAUUCAGCCUGCGUUGCCAUUCAGCCGCCAUAUUCACCGCAGAGUUUCUCCAGAGAAACCCGUUUUCAGCAGGUUCUGUUAUUUUUUAGGGACUAGUUGAUUGAGUCGGAUGUUUGCACAAUAAAUCGUCUCAUGAGGAAAAAGUUGCUGCUUUAACUGAAGUURCAUAAAUCCUUGAGAUCCUGUCAAAACACUCAAAAACACUGAAGUUACUGACGUGAUCUUGGAUAAAUGUUUGGAAGGCAGAAGAGUCGACAGAGCAGAGAAAAUUUAAAGGAGGGAAAAACUGAAAGUUGUGUGUUUGUCUGUGGAAGUUUGGAUUUACUUUAAGCAUCUCCAGAUUUAAAGAAGUAAAAAAGCUUUGAAGAAAUGUUUGAUUUUACAGAUUUUGUUCCAUGUUUUGUUAUCUGCAAGAUAAUUAAGAAUUUAAGUUAAUAAAAAAGACAAGUUGAUUUUGAUUGAUUUUCAUGGCCUUAUGAAAUCAAUCAAAAUUAAUUUAAAGUUAUUUCCUUAAACUUCUCUUUUUCUAAAAGCAAUUAGAUUWAAAAAAAACUCUAAAAAGAAAUAUAAGGGGUUAUAAAGGGCCAGAGAUUUAUAGGUUAAAAUAACGCAAUAAAAAAUAAAAAYAAAAUUUUAAAUGUG